UAAAAAGAAAAAAAAAAAAAAACUGAAACAGUUAACCCCUAUAUUUAAUACAUGAAACAAAUUCUAUAUGAUGAUUCUAAGAAUGUAAAAGAGAUGAAAAUAGCUCUAAGAUUUAUGGUCAACUUGAAUGGUAAGGACAAGGAUACUGUUUGUAUGGAAAUAGCGAAUGCUACACUUUCCAUUAUGAAAAUACAUAAAGAUAAUGAUAGGCUUCUUAUAGAAUCAAAGGAUGUACUAGACAGCCUAAUCUACAAUACUCUGAACAUUCAAAGUAUAAAUGAUAUCAGUGGAAUUGCUUUGCAUGUUGUGGUGUUGGAUCAGUAAAGAAAAUCAAUACAGAAGAAGACUAUGUGAAAAAUUGUUAUAUAUGUGUAUACAUAUUUUUAUUUUAGAAUUAAAUCUGAC